UCUCUUUUCCCUUUCUCCUCCUCUCGCGGUUCUCUUCUUCUUGUUCUACUGCUUGUUUCCUUGCUUCCUUCUUCUCCUCGAGGCUUGAGUUCCGCUUAUCUGUAAUGGAGUAGCCUCUCGCUAUCUCUUUCGCUUUGAUGUUCUUUUUAUCUUCUUCUUCUUCCUCUCCAGAAAUUACGCCCAGAUCUUUGCUUUGCUUGAACGAACUUCUCCGUUUCCCUCUUUAAAAAUUCUGGUUUCAGAUUUCAUUAUAUAUCCUCUGAAUCUUCGAGAUAACUUCUUCCUAAACUCGUCGAUAAAACCUCGUCUGUCGGAAGUGUACCAUUUUUUCUUUUGGAUUUGAGUUCGGUCUGAAUAAUAUUAAGGCUUUGUAUUUGGUCAAAAAAUACAUCAGUCCAGAUGGAACAUUGCUAAGGAGAAUACUUGUUAGUUACUGAAUAGUUUAUAUUCCAGCUCUAAUGAAGAACGGACAGAGCACACAGGAGAUGCAGUCUUCUACACAAGUUUCACAUGAGAAUAACAACCAGUCAUUAGAAGCUCCUAUACAAGACUCUGGGUCUGUCUCUGCCUCAAGUAAUGACGGUAGGAAAGUUUCAAGGCAAGAUAUUGAACUUGUCCAAAAUUUGAUAGAGAGAUGUCUUCAGCUUUACAUGAACAGAGAUGAGGUGGUGAAGACCCUCUUGACCCGUGCAAGAAUUGACCCCGGAUUCACAACUCUAGUAUGGCAGAAACUGGAAGAAGAGAACGCAGAUUUUUUCAGAGCAUAUUACAUCAGACUGAAACUGAAGAAGCAGAUAAUUGUGUUCAAUCAUUUGCUUGAGCACCAGUAUCACCUCAUGAAGUAUCCUGUACAUCCUAAAGUUCCGUUGGUCCCAAUGCAGAAUGGGAUUCAUCCCAUGGCUCCUGUUAACAACAUGCCAAUGGGAUACCCAGUACUACAGCAUCCUCAAAUGCAUGUUCCAGGCCAUCCUCAUAUUGAUGCAAUGGGAAUGUCAAGCUGCCACGUGGUUAAUGGAGUCCCUGCACCUGGGAACUUCCAACCAAUGAGGAUGAACUCAGGGAAUGAUAUGGUGAUAGAUACAACUGCGGCUGAUCCAACACCAAUGAUUCCACCAAACAAUGGUAUGUCAUCAGUGUCGGAGAUGCCGGUGAGUCCAGCUUCCGUGGCGUCUAGUGGGCACUUCCCUUUUGCUGCUUCAGACAUGUCAGGGAUGGGGAUGGACACGUCAGCUCUUGAUUCUGCUUUCACAUCUGAUGUGGGGACUUCGGUUGGGUUACAGCUUGGACCAGACGGAGGAGCUGGAAACUCCAGAGACAAUAUGAGGCCAUUUGAUCAGAUUCCUUGGAACUUUAGCCUCUCUGAUCUCACUGCUGAUUUGUCAAAUCUUGGAGAUCUAGGAGCCUUAGGAAACUAUCCUGGUUCCCCAUUUCUUCCAUCUGAUUCAGAGAUUUUACUUGAUUCUCCGGAACAAGAUGACAUUGAGGAGUUCUUUGUGGAUUCGAUCCCAGGGCCUUCAUGUCCACAGUCAGAUGAAGACAAACCUUAAAUUUCCGUAGUCUCAAGUCUCAAUCAAGCCAUGAUAUCUCUGAUCAACAGGAAGCAAGCAAAGGUGUUACUGGUUCAUGAUCUCUGUUUAAGGCUAAUAAAUUAGACUAAAAGAUUCAUUGGUUAGUAGUGGUCAGCUUUGAAGUUGUAUUUGCACCUUUUCUUUUAUUUAUUUUGAGAAUGUGUAAGCAUUGUAGAGACCAUUAUCGUUGUAUAAUAUAUGUCUCAGUAAUCUAUC